AUGUCCUCAGGAGAGCUCCCAUAAGAAAAGAAAACUUUAUUUUCAACUUUAGUUUAGAAGAAACAAGCAGAAACUGAUGCAUAGAAAAUAAAAAAUAGAAUUCUUUAAUUGAAAAUAGAACAUGAAAAAGUUUUAAAACAUAUUCAAUAAGAUGAAUAAAGAGCAGAAGAAAUAUAUAGACAUAGAGUAGAAAUCUAAAUGAAGGUAUCAUUCACUUAAAAUUAAAUGCUUAGAAAGAAAAUAAAAUGAAAUAGAAAUAAGCUUAACCACCUCCAUUCUCAUUGGCUAUUUCUCAUCAUCAAAGAGAGGUAUUGAAGAAAAUAAAGGAGGAUGAAUUAUAAAGAAAGAAAUCUGAAGCCAAAAUAUUUAGAGAAUAAUUAAAGUAGGAUUUUAAGAGUGUCUUAUUAUAAAAAAGUUUAGAAUAGGAAGGAUAUCGUAUCAAAGCUAUUUAAGUGAAAGAAGAGGAGAGAUAAUCUACUUAAUUAGCUAUUUCUAAAUUAAAAUAGAAAAGAGAAAGAGUAAGAUAUGAAAUAGAAAAUGAAAAAGAUAGAGUAGAAAAAGAAAAGGAGUUAUAUGAUUUAAAAAUAUAAGAAUUAGAAUAAAUUGAAUAAUUGGCUAUGAUGGAGUUAUAAAAUUCAUUAGCUAGAUAAUAAAAGGUUUAAGAGAAGAUUUAGUAAGCAUAAAAACUAUCACCCAGUGAUUAUGAAAAAUAAUAUUAAAGUAUUUAGAAGGCAAGUGCCACAUAAUGA